CUGGUCUGACUGCUGGAGUGAACUACACAUUCACUGUUACUGCAGUUGCUACAGAUAGACAAACUGCAGGAGCACCAACUCAAAUCUCAAUAUGCACAAGUAAGUCCUGUACUGCUGAUACAGACAACCUUAUUCAUUAGACUAAUUAGACUGAUCAAUCUAUCCCAUAUUUAAGGGCUAAUGCACAAUCAAGCUUUUGCUUUACUCAGAAUGCUAUCCAUUUACACAGAUGCUUUGGGACUUUGCGAAACAGUCCACAAUUCAAACUCCAUAACCUUCCUUGUUUGUGCAGAGAUGUUUCUCCACCAUAAAAGAUUCUUCUUCCAUGGAUGCAGAGUUUUGUUGCCUCCAAACAGCAUAUUUUCUCGGUUUUAAACAACAAUCUCAACGUGAAUUGCAGGAUAGCUAGCUUACGGCUAGUCCACAGCCUCAGUUGCUACUCUCAAAACUAGCUGCUGAGUGGGAGUUUUGCUAAACAAUUUUUGUCUUGAUAAGGCACAGGCAGAUCCAUCUCACAGGAGAUUGAUAAGACUCCUCCUUGAGGGUGGCCAUGGGGCAACAAGAAUGUGUUCUCCUGUAUUUAGUUAUAAGUUGACUGACAUCUCUCAGUGGAGGGAGAGAAACAUGGUGCACAUACUGGACGUUGGAGUAGGUGUUAGUUACUGUAGGUAGACUCCAAUUUGCUGUUGCUUCACCCCAGUUAAGGUAAAGACUGUUUCAAAGCCCCAACCUAGGUAUCGUUUAAAGCAAGCAUGUCAGCUGAACCAGUAUGUGUGUUUCAUGUGUGUCCAGCCUUCUUCCUGAGGGGGAAUUGCGCCCUGUUCAAGCUGUACCUCAAAAUGUUGGGCUUAAUGGCUUCUGCUCUGGUUGCAGUCCAGUUGUAUCACUAAUUAUAAUAUGGUGCAUUCUCUCUCUCAUUCUCUCUCUCUCUCUCUGUGUGUGUGUGGUUCACAGACCAUCCAUAUGCUGUCACCAAUCUCACUGUCUCUAACAAAAAUACAUCAUCUGUGUCUCUAACCUGGAAUGAGCCACCUGGGAACAGGUCGUACUUUACAGUAAAUUGGACUGAUGGCAGUGUGAAUAAUAGCAGUAACACUUCAAGCACGUCUUACACUGUCACUGGUCUGACUGCUGGAGUGAACUACACAUUCACUGUUACUGCAGUUGCUGCAGAUGGUGGAACUGGAGGACUAACUCGGACCUCAGGAUGCACAAAGCCAGACAUCGUCAAAAGUCUCACAUCCUCUGAAGUCACAACAACAUCUGUAUUUCUGGACUGGAAUAAACCAUUAGGAGUGAGCUCUUUCUUUAUAGUGCGAUGGACAAACAGCAGUACAACUCCUGUAACUGCCUUUAACAUCACUGAUCUAACCCCUGGAACAAAUUACACAUUUACAGUCUCAGCUGUUGCUGCUGAUAAUAAAACAGAAGGAUCACUGGUUAGCCUUUCCACUUGUACAGAUGCAAGUCCUGUCUUUGACAUAAUGUGCAAAGGACCAAAUCGCACUUCACCAGCUUUGCUGAACUUAACAUGGACGAAUCCUCCGGGCAACAACCAAGGAUUUAACAUCAGUCUCAGUCAAACACACAGUGUCUUUAUUUUACCUUGUAGUCCUGUCUGUAACCACAUUUUUUCUGAAAACCUCCAAUACUUCAGCACUUACAGUGUGAUUAUUUCAACCCUUGGAUGUGGUGAGACUGGUACAUGGGACUUUAAGUGCACAACAGGCAUUACAGACCCAUCAGUUCCCAGUAAUCCAGGAGAUGUAGCAAUCAUCGUCUCUCCAAUAAGCCAGACUGUAGUAAAGCUACAAUUCAAUACCAGUCUUCUGAAUAGUACUAAUGGGCCAAUUCAAGCCUAUGGUGUUCUGCUCUCAACUGACCAGAAAAGUAGCAACUCCAGGAAUGACCUAACAAUGACCUAUAGUGAUUGGGUAAACAAGAAGACCAAGACUUAUCUCACUGUUUUAAAACUAAAUGAAAAUAUAAUUUCCAGAAGCAACAUGAUUACGGUUGAAAUUGGAAGUAACAAUGUCUUAGAUGUGAUCAGUAAUACAGAUUAUACAAACGGACCACUGACUAAUCAGAACUACAGUGUAGCCAUGGUUCUAUUCACUUACCUGGAAAUCAAAGACAGACUUGUAGACAUCCAGCAAUCAAUGUUCUCUGUGACACCUUUUGCCAGUAAUAUCAUAAAACCACUCGACCCAUCAUCAAACACUGUUGCAGUUAUUUUGGGGGUGCUGUUGCCCACCAUCUGUAUUUUUAUCAUCAUCACCAUCAUCUUUGUCAUGCUGAGAAGACUCCAGACCCACCACAACCUUGAACCGGCGGUUACUGAAAGUUUUGACCUGCAAUCAACCUAUGUGAACUUGAGUAAUGCAGCAAGGCCGAUUCUAGAUUCUCCCACCAAAUUUGUUCAAACAACCUGGAAAUUUUGAAACACCCCUCAGCCUUUCCAUCCAAAUGCAUCUGGCUCACCAUCAGUUACAGAAGACUUUGGCAACCAUGAAUGUAGUGAACCAGACUGGUGUGUGUGUGUGUGUGUGUGUGUGUGUGUGUGUGUGUGUGUGUGUGUGUGUGUGUGUGUGUGUGUGUGUGUGUGCGCGCGCGCGCGUGUGUUGUGGGGCAGUGGGGUGGGUGUCAGAAAAAUUUUAUUUGGUGUUAUAUUAUGGGGUCCAGUUAAAGCCCAUUUUUUAUUUUAUGUGAUAGGAAUUUUAGAAAAAUACUACAUUUGUGCUAUCUAUUUUAGACUGUUGAGAAAAAAGCAGGCAGCACAGUGGUGCAGGAGGUAGCAUUACUGUAUAGGGACUUUGCCAGUGAUAUAAUCCCUAAAGUAUUAUCUUUCCUGUCCAACGCAUAAACUUUACCAGAAAAGGACGGCAAAAGGUUAGCACAGACACUUGUAAACUCCACCUUCUGCCUGCCUGGGAUAAUCAUAAACAGCAUUUUGAAGCUCAUUUGAGGUUAUCUGCAAAACCAAUAACCAGGAUGGCCACAACACACAAGACUCCAGGACAUUGUGCUCCAAGGUGGGCAGAGUCAGGAAAGAUAAGAUUUGUCUCUCCAGGAAGACAAUGGGUUAAAUAAUUAUCCAAUAAACUGGUGUUAUAUAACAAAAAAGCCCUUUCUUUUCAAACACAGCAAACCAAAAAAUUGCUCUGGACUUUUAUAACCUGCUUUUUCAUAUAAUGUGCAUGAUCAUUUAAUUCCCUAUGUAAUCCCUCU